AUGACCUCCAAAAAGCUAUCCAAACUGUCGCUAGAGUCGACACCUCAGCAGCCAGUAUCGGACAAUUCUCCGCCGCCUGCAUACACAGAAGAGCCGCCAGCAGAUUUCCCUCCACUGCCUGCUCUUGUAGACUUCAAAGAUGCAGGCCCAUCCCGGACCAGCACGGUCACCAACACUCAGUGCAUCGCGCACCUGAAGCUGCUUUCAGUCUUUGCCGACUUACGGGCCGCUAUCUCUACCGACAACGGGCUGUUUGGAAUCCACGAUUCGCAAGCAGAUCAGUUCUUCGAUGAACAAUCCAAGAACCAGGCUCUCGCCCGGAUCAGAGAAAAGCGAUGGGCCGUCUACACCACACGAGCCGUGGAUCGCUACACAAACUGGUGGCAGAACUGCGCGUUGUCAUCAGGUACAACCUUAUCUGUCGAUAUGAUUUUACAGAGUGAUUACAAGGCCAUCACUAAACCACGUACACCUGUGGUAUGGUCCUCAAAAGACCUCCCUCCCUUGGAUAUCCUCAUGGUUUGGCAUGCCCACAUGCUUAACCCCCGGGCCUACCUCGAGGACUGCAUUCGAGGACCAAAGAUGGAAUUUUGGUCAGCUGGCCUGCCUUGGGAAUUAAUCAACCAAGCCAUUGAUGACAAUACACUCAACUACGAUCCUGGUGAUGAGGCCGAGGGACAGUUUCAAAAAAGAAGCGGCCUUCCUUGGGACAAUCUAGAUGAGCCGCCCGAGCGGCGACUCAAGUGUUUUCAAUGCACCGCAGAUAUCACCGCUCCCUGGACUCAAGGAGACUUCGGAUCAAAGGUGGAAUCGGCAUUCGAGCAGUCUAAGGGGUAUGCAGACAAAAACUUCGAGGCAUUGUGCUCAGUCUGCAAUACCAAGAUUGAUCAUCAAGCCUUGCGAGCCGCCAGUUUUCACAAAGAUACAAAAGCUCUGCAGAGCAAGAAUAUUCCAAUGCCGGGGACCUAUCUCAACCUCGGAGGGCUUCCACAAGAUCUCGGAGACUUCUCUCUUCCGAAUAAUAUGAUCCUAGCUGCACGGAUCGAAAUCGUCGGAGCCACCGACCCGAGAGGACCGAUUCGCAGUAUGUCUAGCGUCAGGAGCCUUGUGGAGGAUACCAUGAGAAACACGCGCUUGAUGGUGGAAGCAAAUGGACCAAGAAGCAGGCAUCUGCGGAAAAAUCAGCGAAUUGCUAUCCGAAGAAUGAUGUCAAAGUACUGGGAGAACAGUUCUAUCUUUGGAUUGGAUCUUGUUGGUGCAGUGACCCGCCAGGGAACCUUUAUACAGAAGAUGGAUGAUUUGGAUUGGAUUCAUUCGCCUGCCCUGCAGUCGACAAUGACUCGACUUAUCAAAAAAUACCGCUUUUUCUUCGAAAUAAUGGCCAAGAAUCCCGGAAAAAUGGCAGUCCCAACGCUUGAUGUAGAUCUUGCUUGGCACACGCACCAGCUGACUCCAUCUCGAUACUUUGAGUAUUCUACUUAUCAAACAAAGACAUAUGGAGUCGAAACCUUUAUCGAUCACGAUGACAAGGUUGACGAAGGCGCGCUUUCAGAAGCUUUCAAAUGGACGAGCAAACAAUACCACAGCGCCACCCGCGGCGAGGUGUAUAGCGAAUGCACCUGCUGGUACUGCGAGGCCACACGCGAGAUGUCCCACUCCAUCCUCUCGUCCUCGUCUAGACGAGCCCGCAGCAUGGCCGAAAGGCUUCACGACGAUCCGAACGUCUCCUCAAAUCCGACCAACAGUCCGCACAUUUCCGCUCACAACGCAGUACGCGUGCAAAACGCUCCCUCGAGCUACCAAAGGACUUGGGCGUUAAGGGAAAUGCGUCUUCGCAAUCUACGCGCGAAAAUGGAGCGUCGAGAGCAAGCCCGUCGCCAGAGAUCUAACUCGAAUAACAAGAACAACAACAACAACUCUGCCGAUGUAUAUCCGAUGGUAUGGGGAUACCCCUUGGUUAUACCGUUUUAUGCGCCGUACAUGUGCGAUCCUGGAAUCAACGCCGGUGCAUACCCGUGCAACCCGGCCUGCAUGAGCGUUGGCACAGGCACGUAUGGUAGCUGUGCGGCCGGUUCUUGCGGUGGUGGUGUUGCAGCCGGUUCUUGUGGUGGUGGCGGAGGAUGUGCUGGAGGCUGUGGAGGAGGUGGUGGAGGAUGUGGAAGCGGCGGCGGAGGUUGUGGAGGAGGAGGUGGUGGUGGAGGUUGUGGUGGAGGAGGCGGCGGCGGUGGUUGCGGUGGUGGUGGCGGUGGUGGUUGUUAA